AUGUCUGCUUAUGAUAGAUUUAAUAUUCAUGCUCAGUUAGAGCAUCUUCAGAGCAAGUACCAGGGUACUGGUCACGUUGAUAACACUAAAUGGGAAUGGGUUUUAAAUAUUCAGAGAGAUACUUUGUCAUCGCAUUGUGGCCAUCUUACAAGAUUGGCUUAUUUUUCAAUUGUAGAGAAUGAACCUAUUUUCAGAAUAAAACACCGUUUUUUACAGAGUAUGGCUAAACCAGUAACAAAUAUCAAAGUUAAACCACAACUAGAUCCACAACUCAACCAUAAAUAA